UGAGCAGGAGACCCCAGGAGAAGGAAUCUUUUCUGGGGAGCGAGUCAAACACGCGGCGGGCAUUAGAGACAGUAGAGCACCUCCCGUACAUCUGGAUGAGCUUGUUGCAAAGGAAGAUAUCGCCGCUAGUGAUGGAUUGGAUCCUGGAGUGAGCUUGGAGAGCUUGAGAUGGAGUUGCACAGCAUUGGAUGAGCUCCAAGCACCCAGUCAUUCUUUCAUUCUUUGUGAGUUUAGGGUUUUAGAAGGAAGCAAUGCUCCAGCAGCGGGUGAAUGCGCUCACGGGGGAGAGCGAAUGGAUUCUCGUUGGCGAUGGAGGCGACGGCGGCGAUGCGAGCGAUCCCCUGGCAGAGAGCUCGUAUCUUGACAUGCUGAAUGAUCGCGCCAGGAACAGGGCAUUCUCUUCAGCAAUCGCGAAGGUCGGCCGCCAUGGCCAUGUCCUGGACAUUGGUGCUGGCACUGGGCUCUUGUCGCUCAUGGCUUGGCGGGCAAUGGAAGAGCAGUGCCAGGUGACUGCUUGCGAAUCUUUUCUUCCAAUGUACAAGCUGGCUCGCAAAGUUUGCCGAGACAAUGGGACGAUGGGAGCGAUCAAGCUGCUCCAUAUGGGCUCGGAUGAGAUCAAAGUCGGGGUGGACAUCUCUAGCAAAGCCGAUGCAUUGGUGUGUGAGAUUUUAGACUCGGAGUUGCUUGGAGAAGGGAUCAUUCCAAGUCUAAGGAACGCUCAUGAGCAUUUACUCCGGCCUAAUGCUGCCACAGUGCCAUAUCGAGCUACUGUGUAUGCCCAGCUAGUCGAGAGCGACUUUCUCUGGAGAUUGCACGACCUUCAAGGGGUAGAAGACCAGCUGCAGGACGGAUUGGCUUUCGCUCCCAAUGAUUUCUACUCUUACUUCAAGCACAGACAGCAUGCGUUUCACGUUGAUGAAAUCCCCGGUAUGAAGCUGCUUUCCGAGCCGUUUGAGGCCUUCGUUCUUGACUUCUAUAGAGCUCCAGAUGUGCGUGGAGAAUUUAAUCAAGCCGUGCAUGUCAACUUCUCUGGGACUGCUCACGCAAUAGUUUCAUGGUGGGUGCUGCAGCUUGACAAAGAUGGCCUGGUUUGCUACUCAACUGCUCCUCGUUGGAUCAGAGGGGCAAGCGAGUGGUGUGACCAUUGGAAACAAUGUGUGUGGUUUCUUCCUGGACAAGGUGUUUCGGUGGAGGAGCAGUCGGAGCUUCGCGUCGUAGUCAGCCAUGAUGAAGCGUCAGUGCGGUAUGACAUCAAUGGUGGUGUAUGCUGUAAUAGUUCAGCGUCUGGUUUCGAGCUGAGCCUACAAAGGUGUCGCAUGCUUGGUGACGGUAGCAGGCGUUCUAUCAUACAGUCUGCCAUUCAGAAAGCUCUUGGAGAACGAGAACUUGGAAACUGUCUCAUUCGGGAUGACGGCCUGAUGAGCGCCGUGUGUGCUCUAUCUACAGCGCAUGGAUCCUGCCAUGUGGCUGGCUUGUUUCCAGGCUGUAGAAGAGAUGGCUUGAAGUACUUGGAGAGCGUCGCGAGCAAGCUGUCUAUUAUACACAAAGACGGCAAGCAUCUCACUGGGGACGAUUUCAAGGGGCAUAAAGUGGAUGUUCUUCUAGGGGAGCCUUAUUACGCCACGUACGAGCAUGCGUUGCCGUGGAAGCAGCUUCGGUUUUGGUACGAGAGAACGACGCUAAGUCCGUUGCUAUCAGAGAACCCUAUUAUAGUUCCCUGCUUUGGAAUUCUCUAUGGGAUGGCUUGUCAUCUUCCUGAUUUGUGGCAAAGCCGCUGUCGCCUUGAAGAAGUCGAUGGCUUUGAUCACAGGUCAUUGACAAAACCGUUUUCGCUGCUCGAGUUCAACAUGCGUCAGGAAGAGUCUAAGUGGAUUUGCAAAGGUUAUUCAAUUCUGUCCUCUUUGGUUAGCGUUGUAAAGACUGGGCUCUGCCAUGGAGUUGUCCUGUGGAUGGACUGGGUGAUGGAUCCCGAGAACAAGGAUUUGGUACUUUCAACGGGACUUUUAAAUCCAAGGCGUCAAGCUUUUCCGAAAGCCACUGCAAGCCACGGAGACUUUAGAGCUCAACGCGUCCUUCGAUUCACAGACUGGAGAGAUCAGCAUCACUCGCGUGGUCUGAAGCCACAAACUCUUCUUUGCAUUUAGGAAAACUUUUAAACCAACAUCAGUGUUGUUGAGCCUGAAGUAACCAGCGUCAUACCGGAUGCUCUUGAUGUACGGUAACUUCCGCCACCUCGCAGUUGCUGAAUUAUACACCACCAAAAUCUUGUUCUCU